AUGGAGAUCACACGCCAAAGUGGCAUCUUAUUUCUUUUUCUUUUUUGUCGAAUCUCUUCCUCCAACUUCCUCCAUCUCUUCCUCCAACUGCCUCCAUCUCUUCCCCCAACUUCCCCCAUCUCUUCCUCCCAUUUCGUCGUUCGAACACUGACGUCAAGUUCACACUUCUCCUUUACUUUCUUCGCUGUCACCUUUUCUCCAGAUGAUAACAACCUCGUAACACUCCUCUUCAUUCUUCUUUCUGUUCUCUUGGAAAUUUCUUUAUCUUCUCUUCAUUUACAUAAACGCAAGAGUCGAGUACAAUCUAUCUAUCUAUCUAUCUAUCUAUCUAUCUAUCUAUCUAUCUAUCUCUUCCAUUUAUUCAAGUCUGUUUCUAUCUAUCGCUUCUCUUUCUUUUCUAUCUAUCUAUCUAUCUAUCUCGGUCAAUGCAUAUCUAUCUAUCUAUCUAUCUAUCUAUCUAUCUAUCUAUCUAUCUAUCUAAACGCUGAAAAAGCUUUCACCUCAUUCCUUGACCACAUCGACGGUCCCUCUCUAAUUCUCUCUCUUUAUCUCUCUCUCUCUCUCUCUCUUUCUAAUUCUCUCUAUUUCUCUCUUUCUCUAAUUCUCUCUCUUUAUCUCUCUCUUUCUUUCCAACUCUCUCUUUUAGCCUUCUCUCUUGUAAACCAUUAA